GGGGGCCGAGCCGAGCGGGACUGCAGAGUGAGCGGCUUCAGGGUCCAGGACAACUUCGACAAGGCUCGCUACAGCGGCAUCUGGUACGCCAUGGCCAAGAAAGACCCUGAAGGGCUGUUUCUGCAAGAUAAUGUGGUAGCCGAGUUUUCUGUAGAUGAGUACGGGCAGAUGAGCGCGACUGCAAAGGGCAGAGUCCGACUUUUCAAUAACUGGGACAUAUGUGCUGACAUGAUUGGUUCUUUCACUGACACUGAAGAUCCUGCCAAAUUCAAGAUGAAAUACUGGGGAGUGGCCGCAUACCUCCAGAGGGGAAAUGAUGACCACUGGAUAGUGGACACAGAUUAUGACACUUAUGCAAUUCAUUACUCCUGCCGGGAACUAAAUGAUGACGGCACCUGUGCUGAUAGCUACUCGUUCGUGUUCUCCCGGGACAUUAAUGGAUUAUCCCCAGAGGCACAGAGAAUUGUCAGGCAGAGGCAAGUUGAGCUCUGCUUGGACAGAAAAUACAGACUUAUUGUUCAUAACGGAUACUGCUCUUAAGGAGAUCCUAAAGUAUUGGGAGCAAAGUAUGUAAUAGCAGUAUGGAUAAAAAGUUUACCAUCCAAGCGUUAAAUCUUUUAAGCAGCUUUCCAAUUUUGAAUAUAUUUAUCUGAGCUCUGCAGUUCACCUUGUCAAUAAGCAGUGAAACCUUUUAAUAAACUUGAAUUACAGGGAGUACAUAUCAUCUAGAGUGCAAAUUUGUACAUAUGUGGAUGAUAGUUUUAUUGGCAAAACAUUAUUAUAGUACAACAGUUAAAAUUAGGAAUUUGAAUGGUAGUGUAUUGUGUUAAUCUUUCAAUUUUGUUAUUGAUUUUUUUUUUUUUUUUUUACUAAGAACCCUGUAGACAAAUUAAAAAAAAUCUGCUAGUUAUUAAAAUAUAUUAAAUUUUCUUGAAAUAACUUCUGCCUCCUUUAUUGGACUGAUGGGAAAGCAUAAUAUUUAAAGAAAAAAAGAUGUUUAUUAAUCACAUCACAAAAUAGCUUUAAUUUAUUAGAUUUCUUUUGGACUGACACAGAAAUACAUAUUUUGUAAAGAACCGAUUGUUAUAACU